AUGCCUCCACGCUGUUAUGUUGAGGCCAGCCCUGAUGGACGUCCUCAGCUCGUAACCAUCAAGCGCUCUCGAUCUUACCACCACACUCACCGACAUCCAUGCGACUACUACAAAGUCAGCCGCGAGGAGUGGAGGACUAUCAUCCGGCAGAACGAGCUACUCGACGAGGCCAAUCAAGCCUAUGCCGCACAGAACGAAACUCUUCGAUCAAGACUUCACAGCUCAGAGGCCGAAACCCACCGUCUAUGCCACGUCGUCAUCCCUUCUCUCAACGACCAAAUCGCCAAACUCUCCCGCGACAACGAAUGUCUACGCCGAGCCGCAGAGAAGCCAUGCGAUCCUCCAGUCCAUCACCACCUCCAUGAUCUGGAGAAGCUACGCAGCAAGCUGUGCAAGCUUGAAAAGGAGAACAAGGUCCUGCAAGACGACAAUGGCGAUCUUCGCUUCAGACUACGCGAGCUAUCCAAGCAGGUCGAUCAGAACCUCAGCCGCAGGGUUGCAGACCUGACCAAGCAGAUCGAGUACUGGACGAACCAGUCAGGGUUCUGGAAGAAGAAGUAUGAUGAGCUACGUGAGCGACAUCUUGGCCUGAUUACGAUAGUCGAGUCCAAGACGGAGAAGACGGCGUAUUACGAUGACGUGCUCAAGCAACGGCGCGUCUGUUAA